CUCAAUCUUCUUCUCUAAGGCCUAGUUGAUAGGAGAAAGCGACAACCACCGGCCGCAGUUUUUGAAUUCUAACUCCCAAACCUCUGAAAGAGAUGGAUAUGGCUUGAUUUUUUUCUAUAAAUUAACACUGCAUGCCAAGUUUCUUUUAUAGCAACAUUCCCUCUGUUCUGAACUUGAGUUUGUUAAGAAUGGAAGCUUUGGUGCUUUUCCUAUGCAUUGCCUCUAGCUUCUGUAUUGUUAACGGGAGAAGUGGCAAUCAUCACCAUCAUCACUAUCAUAACAGACACCAGAGCAUUGCUCUGCCUCCAAUGGCUGACUCCCCUGACGAGUCUGCACUUCCUCCUACUCUCUCUCCUCUACGAAACUCCACGAACUCGACUUAUGUUCCUCCUACUUACUCUCCAUCACGAAAUUCUACUAACUCGACUUCAGUUCCUCCUCCACUUCCCUCACCUCCUGCUCAUCCUCCUGCUUCCACACCAAACUUCCAUGCACCAGCUCCUUCUCCUGCAAGUGGGGUUACAAAUGACAACUCCUCAAGCUCGGUUGCUGUUUUCAACGUGAGAUCAUUUGGGGCGGUGGGCGAUGGGGUCUCAGAUGACACUGAGGCCUUCAAGAGUGCAUGGGACUCAGCGUGUCAAGUUGGUUCAGCGGUUGUGCUCGUGCAAAAGGGAUACUCGUUCAUGAUCAAUUCGACCAUUUUUGCAGGUCCUUGUCAAAAUGGUGUCAUAUUUCAGGUUGACGGCAUUGUUAUGCCACCAGACGGUCCUGAUUACUGGCCGUCAAACAAUAGCAAGAGGCAAUGGCUUGUGUUCUAUCGAGCUGAUGGAAUGUCGAUGCAGGGAUCGGGACUCAUUGAUGGCAGAGGAGAGAAGUGGUGGAAUUUACCCUGCAAACCACACAGGGGGAUUAAUGGAACAAAAUUACCUGGACCUUGUGAUAGCCCUGUUGCAUUAAGGUUCUUCAUGAGCUCGAACAUUUCGGUCCAUGGACUGAAGAUCCAAAACAGCCCCCAGUUUCAUUUCAGAUUCGAUAACUGUCGGAAUGUCACAGUUGACAGUAUAUCCAUCAGCUCACCAGCUCUGAGCCCCAACACGGACGGAAUCCAUGUAGAAAACACUCAGAAUGUUGGAAUUUACAACUCAGUCAUCUCCAAUGGGGAUGACUGCAUCUCUAUCGGAUCUGGAAGCAUGCAUGUUGACAUUAGAAACGUAACAUGUGGGCCAGGCCAUGGUAUCAGCAUUGGGAGCCUAGGAAAAGCAAAUACUCGAGCAUGCGUAACAAACAUAACUGUCCACAACGCCAUCAUAAAGCACUCUGACAAUGGUGUCCGAAUCAAAACCUGGCAGGGUGGAUCAGGGUCAGUCUCAUCUAUCACAUUCGAUAACAUCCGAAUGGAUACAGUUCGAAACCCAAUCAUGAUCGAUCAGUACUACUGCCUGUCAAAGCCGUGCAGAAACCAAUCAGCAAAUAUCUUCAUUUCUGAUAUUUCGUACUCCAACAUUAAAGGAACUUAUGAUGUGAGAAGCCCCCCAAUCCAUUUGGGGUGCAGUGAUUCAGUACCAUGCACAAAUGUUACGCUAACAGAAGUCGAACUUUUACCUGCACAAGGGUAUGUGAUAUCUGACCCAUUCUGUUGGAAUGUGUAUGGGACGUCACAGACAAUAACGAUUCCUCCGGUAGCUUGUUUGCUCGGAGGGUUGCCAAAGGCGAUUAUGGACUAUGAUUCAGAGAUUUGCAUUUGAUUUUAUAUCAGAGCCUGUGAUAUAGUUAGCAAUGGUGUGGUAGCCUUGAAGCUAAAGCCACCCUCACAGCUACUGUAACUGUAAACUCGGAAUUUUCUGAUAAAAGUAUAAACAAUAUGCACUUAUGUUGUUGUGAUCUUGAAGUUUGAUCAUA